CAUGGCGCGGGCCGCGCGGUGCGGAUGGUGCGGGAGGGGCGCGCUCCUCGCCUUCGCCGCGUGGACCGCGGGCUGGGUGCUGGUGGCCGCACUGCUGCUCCGCGCGCACCCGGGCGUCCUCUCCGAGCGCUGCACGGACGAGAAGAGCCGGCGCAUCCUGGCCGCGCUGUGUCGGGACUACCAGGGCGGCUGGCUCGUGGGCGACCUGUGUGAGGACGUGUGUGGAGCCGGGGAGCUGCUGUACCAGCGCUGUCUGUACUACGAGCGUGGCAAGAAGGUGCUGCAGGCCCAGUGGCGUGGCCGGCCUGUUGUCCUCAAGUCCAAGAGGGAGGCCUUCUCCAGCUUCCCAGCCCUUGACCUGUUGGAGGUGGAGGCAGGACAGGGAGCCCAGGGUGUUCCUGAGGCGGAGCUCCUCCUCGUGGUGGCCGGGGAGGUCAAGAACACCUUAGGCCUAGAGCUGCCAAACAGCAGUAUGGGACCCUUGUGGCCUGGCCAUCGGGGCCCUGGCUGGAGGCGGCAGCUGGCCAGCGCAUGGUCCUUGCUGCAGCAGGAGGAGUAUGUGUACUUCAGCCUGCUGCAGGACCUCAGCCACCACGUCCUGCCUGUGCUGGGCUCCUGUGGCCAUUUCUAUGCAGUGGAGUACCUGGCUGCCGGCAGCCCUCGACACAGUGCUCUCUUUCCCCUGGAUGAGGCUGCACCCCGGGGUGGCCGGGCCCAGGCCAGGGCCAUCAGCCACAUUGCUCUCAGCUUCCUGGACAUGGUGAGCCAUUUUGAAAAUGACUUCUCCCACCGCCUCCAUCUCUGUGACAUCAAGCCUGAAAACUUUGCUAUCAGGAGUGACUUCACGGUGGUGGCUAUUGAUGUGGACAUGGCCUUCUUUGAACCUAAAAUGAGGGAGAUCCUUGAGCAAAAUUGCACGGUGGAUGAAGAUUGCAAUUUCUUUGACUGUUUUUCGAGGUGUGACUUGAGAAUAAACAAGUGUGGAGCUCAGCGUGUCAACAGCAACCUGCAGGUCAUCUGUGACAAAAUGUUCCGCCAUUGGUUCUCCUCGCUUCCCAGGACCUCUGCUGUGUCCUUCCCACUGCGGCUACAGUUACAGCAGGCCGUGUGGGAGUGUGCCAGCUUGGAAGGCCUCACCCAGAGUUCCUGGAGAGCUGCCCCACAUGUGUUCUGGAAGCUUCGCAGGCUCCUCCAGGCCAUGCUGAAGGAGCUGCAGGAGGUGGAGGAGUAACCACUCUGCAGCCUCUCCCAAACCUUCUGGCAUGGGAAAAUUGACUUCUUAGUACUUUCAUCUGCAGUUCUAGAUGAGACGUUUUCACUGUGCGAACGAGUUAUCUCUGAAAUACUGUUGUGUCUUCUGAAGCGUGCAGUUCAACUGCUGUCACACGGCAUUCACACUGCUGUGAGGGGUGCCUCCAUGCUACCCAGCUGGGGCACUCUGAUUUGGUCCUGGCUUCUCCCCCAUCCCCCAGCUGAAAAGUGAACAGAGGAAUGGUAGUGGGUGUUUUGCUUUUGGGGGCUCUCAGAAAACACAAACCUCAAUAUGCAAGCCUCUGCAGAGAGCACUUUCACCUGGCCUCAAAGCAAAAGGAGUCCAGCUGCUCUUUCCGGUAAAUCAUUACUGCGUUUAAGAAAUGACGUGUGCACACAAAUGAGUGCAGUGCAAAUGAGUGUGAGCACUAGAAUACGGCUGCACAUAUAAUGUGUGAAUAUGCAAGUGUAUGUGAGCGUGUGCUCAUGUGAGUGUCCAUGUGUAGGAAAUACGUGUGUGCAUAUGAAUGUGCAUAUGCAUACAGAUAUGUUAAUGUGGGUUUGUAUCUGUCAGUGUGCUCAGGAUUGAGUAUGAGUAUGUGAGUAUGAACAUGAGUGUGCAUGUGCAUCAGUGUGCCUAUACAAGUGUGAGCAUGUGCACAAAUGAGUGAAUGAGUGUGUACACAAGUGCAUGCAUAAGUAUGCACGUGUAUAAGCAAGUGAGUGUGGGCAGGUGAUUGUGUGGGGCACGUGCAUGUUGGUUUGGGGAGUGGUUUCUGUAGUGUAUGCUCUGGGAAAAGCUUGCCUGGCUAGUGAAGAAGAACUACCUUUUUCUAUAAAUACAAUAAAAACGUUGCACCUGUGAUUUGCAUUGGAGAAUAUAUGUAAUGGCAUCUUUUAGAAUUUUUCACUGGUGGAAUCAGAGGAUUUUAUGGAUCAUGUUUUAGGGAGUGCUUUACCAGUUACUGCAACAUCUUCUUUCUGAUCAGGGAGCUGUGGGUUUGCUGGGCUCAGUGUUGUCUUGCACCUGAGCGAGAAUUUAGGUAGCACGAGUGCUGGUGUAGACAUAGACCACCAGCAGGACUGGAGACUGCUUCUUUCAGCUCACUGAUGGAAGCACAAGCCAUGGGCAUCAGAUCCCACUUUAGCACAAUACAUUUUUCAGGGGACACUCCGGUGGGCUUUUUCUGCAGUGGAAAAGCCCUUUGUGGAGGGGGCACCUUCUGUGAUGCGCCCCGACAGGAGAAGAUCCAUGCACAGUUAUGGAGCCCUUCGUGCGAAGGGACCUCUGCUCAAGUCUGGGACUGUGAAUACUCAGUGAAUCAGAACCAAAAGCUCUUGAGUCGGGAAAGCCAAGAAAGAUGUGAUGCUAAGAGACAUUUAGGAAGUUAUGUUGGAGGCUUACAAACAGAAAAAGACAAAAAUGUAGUUUUUAAAAUGUGCAAAUGAACAAUUUCCUAUUUCUCUUUCCUGGCUCUAAUAUAGACAAAAUUUCCUUGGGACAUGUUUCUCCAUGCUCUGCAUCAGCUCACUCUGAGGAACUAAAAUUAUUUGAGACUCCAACAGCUCUCAAUUCUGCAACCUUGAAGUCUAUUUGAAGGCCCAAGUUACCUGCUCUUCCAACCCCUAGACCCCCUCCACUAGCAUUUGUCAAACGAUGCUAAAUCUUGUGAAGAGCCUCUUCCAGUCCUGUGUAUGGAGACUCGCUUGACCUCUGUGUUUCUUGGGAAUGGUCACCUUCCGGCAGAAUUUAAAACAAAAGUUGGUGGAUUUUCACAGCUGGCGUCUGGCCUGGCUCUCAGCAAGUCUCCCAAUGGCCGUGGCCUGGGCAUGCCUGGUGCUGCUGUUUCUCUGUGGGCCAGGUUUUUACCCACGGAAUGGUCACACGAAGAUGAUGUGAGAUGGAAAAGGAGGAAGGAGGCCAUGGACUUUGCCAUCUGUGUCCUCAGAUCAUGGGCCCCUGUGUAGGGAAACCAAGUGUAUCUCCAGGGCCAGAUCCUGGGAUUAUAUGCCUUCAUUAGUGGCACUGAGCUCACUGGCCAGACAGCAAAACUAGCUUAGGAAAAGGAAAAAGUUAGUUUUCAUUUCAACUGAAAUGGAAACAAAUGUUUUUGUUUACCAUGGAGACUAUGCAACAUGUAAUUACCCAACACAGUAGUGGUUUUAUUGCUGAAGGGACCCAUUUUAUCGCCUCUUAAUUUUAGCUACCCAGUUACUUUCUCUGUCUCUGUCUUUCUCUGUGUCUCUGACUCUCUCUGUCUCUCUGUCUCUCUCUUUCUGACACACACAUCCUUUUUCCAUCCCCUUAUACCCCUAGGGCAGUGACUCUUAAGCUAUGUGGUAAAGUUUUAUUUUUUGUUUAUUUUCAAACCCUUGCAAAAAAUUCUUUUAUACAGUACACUAAAGAAACACUCUGUAUAUCAGUUUUUUGGUUUUGGGGGGCGGGUACCGGGAAUUGAACUCAGGUCUUUGCGCUUGUGCAGCAGGCGGCGAAACCACUGAGCUAAAUCCCCAGCCCUGUAUAUCAGUAUUUGACCUUCUUGUGUGUGUGUGUGUGUGUGU